UCAAGCCUGCAGAUAACUGCAAACAUGUCUGUGUUGUCCGAUUAAAGUUUUUUGCUUCACCCGAUUUUGUGUUAAUAACGAAAGCUGCAUUGACCCGGAAGUAAACACUGGUUCGCGGAAGUGUACUGUGAAGAAAUGGGUGUAACGUGUGUGUGUCAGGUGCCGGUGGCGGAGGGGAAGAGCGUGCAGCAGACCGUGGACAUGCUUCAUAAGAAGCUGGAGCAGCUGGGAGCCGUUAAACAGGGUAACUUCUGGGUGGACUGUGAGACGUACCACGCCACGGGGAACUCCACCGGCCAGCCGACGAAGCUGCUGUAUGUGAUGCACAACUCGGAGACGCCGCUGAGCUGCAUGGCUCUGUUCGAGGGCGGCCCGGGCCUCACCGCCGACGCCAACUUCGACGUCCUGAUGGUCAAACUCAAGAGUCACUUCCAGAACGCCAAGGGACACAAGGUGGAGUCUCGCGGCACGCGCUACCGCUACUGCGACUUCCUGGUGAAGAUCGGCACCGUGGCCAUGAGCUCCAGCGCCAGGGGCAUCUCCGUCGAGGUGGAGUACUGCGCCUGCGUGAUCCCCGGGGACUGCUGGAACCUGAUGAAGGAGUUCCUGCAGAGCUUCCUGGGGCCUCACGCUCCCGAGCUGCCGGCGGUGUUCUCCGGGAGGAGCGAGGGCCUGUACGCGCCGCUGGACUGCACCGACACCAUGAGCCAGUACCUGGAGCUCUUCGGGAGAGUGCGCAAGCAGCAGGUGCUCCCGGGCAGCGGCGUCCGCUGAGAGACUGCCUUCACUCCUCUGGAGCAAACCACUCGUUUUUGUAUCAAAACAAAAGGUUUCAGUGGCAUUAACAUCACUUUCAUUCAUUUCUACAUGAACUGUUCCCUACUGCCCAACAAUUUCACUCAAUUCUCGAUUCUUUAAACAAAAACUCGUCCCUAUUCAUACUCUAUUAACUUAAAUGCCUCCAACACUAGCUUGCUCUAUUCUUUUUCUAUACAGUCUGUUUACUUUCUUUUUUUUUGUAAUAAAAUAAAGCCUUUCUACAUGCA